AUGUAACCCUAAGACGAGACUUCUAACUUAGUUGUUCAAAUUCAAGAGGAAUGCAAAAUUGAGAUUGAUUUCACAUAAUAAAGAAGAGAGCAUUACAAUGUAUUAUCAAAGCGAGAAAAAGAUUAAGCAGUAUAAAUGCUUGGACCUAAUCCUUUGUAUGAUGAUUUUAAGAGGGUAAGCUAGGCAGUUGGAACUACCAUAAAAAACCUUAAAAGAUGGAAACGUUGUGGUACGGAGAGAAAAAAAGGUUGCGGUCGUAAAAAGCUUAAUCCUCAUGCUGAGAAGUAAUUGAUUGAAUGGGUUAUACAGAGAGUUCACUCAACAGGCCGAAAGAUCUCCAGACAGGAAUUAAGAUGCAAGGCUCUAUAAUUAUUCAAAAAUCAACAUUUUUGUGCAUCCAAGGGAUAUCUGGAUAAAUUUGUUAAAUCCUACUAAUUAAAACAAAGGAUGAACGAGAUCUUAAAAAGCAUUGGAAAAUUAAACACUAAGAACUUCUCUAAAAAUCUAUAAUAAAAUGACAUCAAAAUUGAGGAAGAACCACAAGCAGAUACAGUUAAAAAAGAAGAAGAAGAUGAUAUCAAAAUAGAAAAUCUUAGUUUACAACCCAAUAAAAGUUGCUCAGCAUUUUAAACCUAAUGAAUUUGUUUUAUAUAUUGUUAUAUAUCUCAUUAUUGUUUCUUUAAAGAAAAAAAAA